CAUUUUUCCUGCGAGCGUGGACUGGCGCAGAGGACUACAACUCCCAGCGUGGACGAGCGCAGAGGACUACAACUCCCAGCGUGGACGAGCGCAGAGGACUACAACUCCCAGCAUACCAGGGUGGUGGGCGCGCGCGAGACGGCAGUUGUUUCCGGUGCGCGGACGGAAGUGAGUCAUAUUGAACUGAAGACUCAAUGGGACCAUCCCAAAACCGGGAAAAAGAAACGUGUAGCUGGAGAUUUGCCAUAUGGUUGGGAACGAGAAACAGAUGAUAAUGGUCAAGUGUACUUUGUUGAUCAUAUAAACAAAAGGACCACAUAUCUGGAUCCACGCUUAGCAUUUACUGUUGAAGAAGCAUCUGAAAAACCAAAUAUUCGGCAGAGAUAUGAUGGGAACAGUACUGCAAUGGAAAUUCUACAAGGUCGAGACCUAAGUGGCAAAGUUGUUAUUGUCACUGGAGCCAACUCUGGGAUUGGUUUUGAGACGUCACGCUCUUUAGCUUUGCACGGAGCACAUGUUGUCCUUGCCUGCAGAAAUCGAGCUCGAGGCAAUGUGGCCAUACAAAAGAUACUGGACGAAUGGCAUAAAGCCAAGGUAGAAACUAUGACUUUGGAUUUAUCUUCCCUGAGGAAUGUCGAGCAGUUUGCAGAAGCUUACAAGACUAGAAACCUGCCUCUUCACAUACUGAUUUGCAAUGCUGGUGUGUUUGGAUCCUCAUGGCAAUUGACAGAAGAUGGUCUAGAGACCACUUUUCAAGUGAACCACCUGGGCCACUUCUACCUGAUACAGCUACUUCAAGAUGUCCUACGCCGCUCAAUACCUUCAAGAGUGAUUAUCGUAUCCUCUGAAUCACACAGAUUUACUGAUAUAAAGGAUUCCUCAGGAAAACUUGAUCUAAGUCGACUCUCACCUGCUAAGAAAGAUUACUGGGCCAUGCUUGCCUACAACCGGUCGAAGCUUUGUAAUAUUCUCUUCUCGAAUGAGCUGAACCGCCGUUUGUCACCUCAUGGAGUAACCUCCAAUGCUUUGCAUCCAGGAAACAUGAUGUACACCUCAAUACACCGCAGCUGGUGGUUAUACACCCUACUGUUUACCUUGGCUCGUCCUUUUACCAAGUCAAUGAGUUUCCUGAGAAUCGUGAUUGGGAAGUUCCAGGAAAAUUUCAUCAGGAGCCUGACUGAACGCAGGCAUAGGUCUGAAGAAUCAGCAAGGCAUUAUUAUCAGCCUAUCUCCACAAGCAUCUUGGUGACGCUCAGUUCUGUUAUCGGAGAUGUUUCGUGCCUGCUUUCUCAUUCACCUUUGUGGGGCAAGCAACAGGGAGCUGCCACCACCAUCUACUGUAGCAUUGCCCCGGAGCUGGAGGGACUGGGAGGGAUGUACUUCAACAACUGCUGUCGGUGCCUGACGUCUCAGCAAGCCCAGGAUGAAGCAUCAGCCUGUGCCUUGUGGGAGCUGAGCGAGAAGCUGAUCCAAGAGCGAGCUGGCAGCCAACCUGCCUAACAUGCAGCCCGGCUUGUGAAGACGGAAGCAAGGAACCUUGCACCAGAAAACUGCUGUCCUCAAAUAUUCUCUCUUUUUCUCUCUCUCUCCCUGUCUAGUUCUUUGCCAACGUUAUCAGUGUGUGAGAUUGAGCGCUUCUCAAAUAAAGCUUAACCCUUUACAACCUCUGGUGAAUUCUGACUGUUGUUUGAGGAAUAGAUCAGGUUUCACUCGUGAAGAGAAUGCAAUUAGUAAUUAGUACACUCUGUUAAACAGUCUCAUUAUCAGUAAUCAUCACUAAUGAAUAAUUAUGUAAUAAUUAGCAUGGCAACAGAAACUAACAUCCUCUAUUUAUAAUAAGUAGGUGCAAGCUGUUAUUAGACCCUCCUCAAAGGGUUAAUGAUCACAAAGGAGGCAAUUCCUUAAUCUUGGACUACUGCGAUUAUGUAGCAAGUUUUUGUUUUGUGUUCCAUUUUCAACAUAGCUUAUUAAAAAAGAUGUUUCUGCUUUAUUGCUCAUUGUGAGAUGUUCACUUGGCUGCAGGAUCUUUCCUCAUCACUGCACAGCUCCCUCCCAACUGGAAGGAUUGGACAGUAUUGGUCACUUAGAUAUCCACCUGUACUUUCUGUCAUGUGAAGGGCCAGUUGGAGACGCAGUAAUCGUGGGGUGAACAGGAUUUCACUUUUUUGUUCUCUAAAUCCAUAUACCCCUACCUUGCCAUAAACUGGGGUAUCAGAAUGUUAAAGCAACAAAGUGUUGGUUCAGAUAAUGGCACAUCUAGAACUAAAGACAGAAAAAAACAACUUCUGAGCAGUUGUGGAUGUAAAUGAAUAGUGGGGAGACUCUGAUACUGGAACCUGCAACCAUUGUUACCUGAAACCCUCUCAUCCCGUCCCCAUUUGACCAGACAUUUUAUGAAAUGACUCAAUCACAUCGGCCUGGUCUGAAUUUCAAAUCCAGGUACAGAUGCCCCCACGUUGUGACAGACGCACAAUAUUGUUGUGCAGGAUAUCUGAGUGAAAAGCAUAAAAUGCUGGCAACACUCAGCAUGCUUGGCAAAGUCUGAGCAGAAAGCUAACAUUUAAUGCAUCAUGAUGAUUACUUUUCAUCAGAACUCUUACAGUCCUGCAUUCAUUCUUCUGAGCAUUUCCAGCAUUUUCUGUUUUUAGCCUCCAGUCUGACCAUGAAUAAAUUCACACAAUGUGCUUUGAUCUCCAUGAACAAGGCUUAAGGAAGCCAGGUAGGUGGGGUUCAACUUUGUUAAUCCUAAAAUACAGUCCUUCGCAGCUGUAGGAAAUGAGUUAGAGUUUAAAACGUGAAGCUAUGAGAUGGGGUUUGAUGUGCCACAGUGUCCUUUUUUUCUCUCUCUGAGAG